CCUGGUUCAUCCCUCCGCGCCAGGUCCCGGACGACGCCCGCCUCACCAACACCUACCGCCCACCCAGCCCAGCACACUUCACGCCUAACUGACGUACGUACAGCCAGGCCAAGUGAAGAGAACCUCAAGGAACAUAGUCGGUCGGCCACGCUGCGUACCUACGCCGCCUUAGUUCCAUCCAUCCUGUUCUUCCUGUGCCCGCCGCCCUGGGGCUGUUCCCUCUUCCUCGUACCUACCUAGGUAUUCUUCCACUUCCCUUGCCUAUAAAGCACACAUCCAUGCCCUGAUACAAUUCUUCAUUCUCCUUUCUGGUCGACACCCACUCGUCCACACAUACGGUUCCAUCUUCCCUUCAGGUCGCUACAUUCUCACCAACAGCGGUCGGGCUCACCUAGGCCCGUCGCUCUGGACAUACAACCUUGGCCUUCCUGUCAUAAAGGUACCUACCUACCACUACACCACUGUCUGCUGCUCGCCCAGAGGCUCGACUUCAGUUACCUACUUGGGGCAGACUUGACUUCACUCCGCUGGAUGCUACAUUCCACCCUGGCCUGGACCGGCAACUCGCAACCACGUACCCUUGCUGCCUACCCCGGUUUUUCAGAUUUGUACGUCUGAGAUUGCAUCCACUCCGUUGCCAAACAGUCUCAUUUGGAAGGGGGGAUCUGUUUUAUAAACAUUCGGGUGCUCUGCUCAACAGCAGCGCCCGACGCCUUCGUUCAGACACCGGUUUCUCUCCUUCUUGUCCCGAAAUACCCUCUACGACCACGACUGAGAGAGCUGUCAUAUCAUACACGACAACUUUUGGAUGGUCCCUCGGCCUAUGCACAUAUGCCACAUACUUCAUACCAGAGUCAGACGUUGUACUUGAUAGACCACUCGAGGUUUCAUCUACCAAGUCAUAAUCCGCCAACAGAGCAAUAAUCGACCCCUUCGAUACCCUAAUCAUCUCGUGGUUGCCCAGUUACAUACGCCCACGCCCGAACCCACCGCCCUAUCAGCUGCUUCCGCCAGUACCACUAAGACUGGAAUCACCAAAGCCCUCAACACAAUCCAACAGAUCCUCAUCCUUCAGUAGCCUCAGCCGAGUCAUCACGUCUACCAAGUAUCAUCUUCGUCCUCUACCUCCCCGCUGUGAUUCGAACACGUUCUUGUUGAGACGACAAGACUUCAGAUCGCAUCAUGUCUCCUAACACUUCGCCCAACAUGGGUCGUGGCCGAGCUCCACGUGGCUUCCCGCCUUACCGCCCCGAGAACAACCUGCAUAAUCAACCGCACAGGCACAGUUUCGACGUUGAUUUUAAAAUAUGGUCCAUGCCCAAUGCUUCGGCUGAGGUCGGCGACCGGCCCCCAAGCACUUCCAGUGGUUCUAACGAUUGGUCUUACUCUUACUCUAACCAAACGGCACACACUCGCAAUGGAACGAACGGCUCGUCUCCCAGGACCUCGGUUCCCCCCGGUCUUGCCUAUCGGCUCGAUGGAAUUAGCUCCUCUAUGAGACGCCCCUCGCACGAUAACGGGUUUGGUGCUAUGGAGCAUGCGAGUGAGCGCUUGAGCGUAGGCGGCUUCAACGUCGCAUCAUCGGGUCCUUCCGAACCGGCGGAACGUCAAGGACUUGGUUUGACACCGUACGCGGCACAACACUCGCAUCGAUCAUCGGUUGUCGCCGACUCUUCAACUCUUUCCGUGAACUGGCAGAACAACCGAGCCAGCGUUGGAGAUUUGGAUGCAGCGCAGACGAAUGUUCCAUGGCUAGCGAGAAAACCGGCAGAGGUGACGGAUACCGAUCGCCCAAUGUUUUCUUCGAACCUCUGGAGCAACUCGUCACAUACUGUGGCCGCCUCUGCUCGGCCAUUCACGCCCGCAAGUCCGACGGCUUGGGAAAAUGGAUCUGGCAAUGGACUCCAGACUAGUAACGGAGUCCAGACUGGCAACGGAUUUCAAUCUGGCAACGGGUUCCAAGCUGGUAACGGGUUCCAAACUAGCAACGGGUUUCAAACCGGCUAUAACGCGAACGGCUUUGGGAAUUACACAGGUGCUCAACAGUCCCGUUCGAAUUUUUCACAGGCACCUUCUAGGCGCGAGUUCUCAAGCCCCACGAACAUCGAUCGCCGAGCCAGCACACAGUCCUUCAUUCAGCAGCCUCAGCCUACUACGAAUCUGCCCUUCGAUACCGUGACCCUCCAACAGCAAUUGCAAAUGUACAACAUGGCCCAUAACCUGGGAAUGGCCGGGGCAUAUUCGAAUCCUUCUUUGCCAACAACUGGCUUGGCAAUGGGUGCGAUGAGUUCUGGAAGCAUGCAGAGCGGGAAACUGCGUGAAUACUUGAACACCCGCAAUGCUCCGCAGAAAUGGGAUCUCAAGCAAAUCUAUGGUUCGAUUGCGGACUUCGCUGCCGAUCGCGCCGGUUCCAGGUUCAUUCAGGACAAACUGCAGUCUGCUAGUAGCGAAGAAAAGGCGGAAGUUUGGAGAGAGCUCAUGGAGGAGCUGAUGCCUCUCAUGACCGACGUAUACGGCAAUUACGUUGUGCAAAAGUUUUUCGAACACGGCACGCAGGAGCAAAAAACCAGCAUGGCGGGCAUAAUCAAGAAAAACAUGCUGCGACUUUCGGAGAACAAGUACGGCUGCCGGGUUGUCCAGAAGGCCCUCGACAACAUCUUCCGCCGCUACCAAGUAGAGCUUGUCAACGAGCUAAAAGAUCACGUCGAUAAACUCAACAAAUCUCAGGAGGGAAACCAUGUCAUUCAAAUGAUCAUCAAGCUCCUACCCCGAGAUGAGAUUGGAUUCAUCUACGACUCUUUCAGAGGGCCGGGCAAGGUGAUGGAACUGGCACUGAACCAGUACGCUUGCAGGGUCAUCCAGAGAGCUUUGGAGCACGGGAACGAAGAGGACAGGCUUUAUCUUGUGUCUGAGUUGCACAAGGGUGCUCACACCUUGAUCACUGAUGCGUACGGAAACUACGUUGCCCAGCACAUUAUCGAAGCCGGGAAACCAGAAGACCGCGCCCGCAUGAUUGCUGCAGUCAUGUCCCAGACGAUCACUCUCUCGACACAUAAACACGCCUCGAACGUGGUGGAGAAAUGCAUCAAUUAUGGCACCCCGGAGGACGUUCGCCGUAUCAGGGACAUGUUCUUCAGUCCGCAGGAUGGUAUGGGAGGGUAUUCUUCUGACCAUCAGUCACCCGACUCUUUUCUUCGGUUCCUUAUGCUGGAUCAUUUUGCCAACUAUGUGAUUCAGAAACUCGUCAAACACUCCACAUUCAGUAAUGAAGAACAGCAAUUCUUCAUCGACACGCUCGAGCCUAAGAUCAACGAGCUGCUCAAGAAUCACAAGGGGCUAGACGAGAGACAGAGAAAUGCCCUCAAGAGAUUCCAAGGCAUUAUCAACGAGCUCAGGAAGGACAUUGACAAGAAGGAGGAGCUUGCCAAAAAUGGCAGCAGUGCACCCCCGUCGCUAGACCCGGCAUCACCCUCUCUCCACAUUUCCUCUGCCCUUCCGACGCCUGAUGGAGGAUCCGAGCCCAACAGCCCGCUGGACCUGGGAAUGACUUCCAGCGCCAACACUACCAGUCCUAUUGGAAGCGCUGAUGGGAACGGAAGCAAUGGAAAACAGUCGCUGCUUGUGGUCAACAUCAACGGGGGGCUGGACGCCACGGAUGCCUUUGCGCAGUUGCAUAUCCAUUAGAAUGCUUAAUGAAGCGAUGCAGGUCUUUUGAAGCGUUGGGUGCCCUUCAAUGGCUAUUUGCGACUUGGAGACUUGGGAGGAAACAUGAUGAAGAGCCAAGCAACACUAGGACCGCAAGGAGGGUCGAGGUCUAUUCGACCUUGUUUUCAAGCACAUAACAUCACACUGCCAUUACUUGCGAUGAACACAGCUGCAGGUUGGAGGCCGGUAUAAGGGUUCAGAGCAUAAAAUAGGCUGAUGCGGCGCACAUGAAUCAAGGGGUUUGACCGUGACGAGUACAAAAAGAAUAUAUUGGUCUGGUUGGAUUGAUGAUGACGAUGAAGCCGGUCGAACGGUGUUUCUCACAUACCCAUAACUGGCUCGUGAGACUCUAAAGUACUUCGAGGAUACCAACAUAGGACAGGCACGUUACGUACCCCGGAUCACGGAAAUACAUAUAAGGGGCUGGAACAGGAGGCAAGAAGGGUGGACCAGCGAGAAGCGAGAAACGAGAAACGAGAAAGCGAAAUCUUGCUUUGUUUUGGUAUUUGGUAUCUCUAUACUACUUACUCAUGGUCAACCAACGACACGAAUCACAAGGCGGCGUUGUUUUGUGUUUUUUUUUUUUUUAUCGUGCUCCGUUGAAACGAGUCUUUUGUUUCUUUACACAUUGUUGUUAUUCGUUUAUAUAAUUCUAGCAUACAUCAAUUUUAACUUGAACUUGAU